AUGUUCACGACCAAUGAGCUCACAGCAGGAAGUUCUUUGCCCCCUAAAAUAACAGCUACAAGGAUGGGCGAAGAUAGAGCCGAAAAUGCGGAAAACUUGAAAGAAAACCCGAAAAGCGAAGAAGAUACCAAAACAACUGCAGAAGAUAAACCAACCAAUACCCAAAAGCAUACGGAACCCAAGAAAAUCGAAGAGAGGUCGCAAUAUGUACAAAAUAUAAUGCAUUCCGGCCUAUCUUUGCACAGCAAUAUAAUAAAAGACGAAAUGCUGCUGCCAGACUCGAAGACGGUUGCAAGAUUUUCACCAUUAUGGAAACAGACUUUAGCGUCCAUGGCUGCCAUCUGCCUGACCUUCACCGCUGGACUGACUUCAGGGUACUCAGCUAUCCUGCUGCCGCAGCUAAAGGAUUCUGACAGCACAAUACCAACAGACGAAAGCACAGCUUCUUGGAUAGCGGCAAUGGCAGCGCUUCCAAUGGCUCCUGGUUGCUUAAUAGCAGGCUGGCUUAUGGAGAAGUUCGGGAGACGGAACGCCCACUACAUGGUCUGCGCCCCAUUCCUCUUAGGCUGGAUUCUCAUAGCCUGCGCCAAUAAUCUAGCCUUGAUGCUGCUAGGAAGAUUCUUUACGGGACUCUGUGUUGGACUUCUAGGUCCCCUUGGCCCAGUAUUCAUCAGCGAAACAACAGAUCCAAAAUACAGAGGGAUCUUCCUCGCUGGGAUCUCAUUAGCGAUAGCCGUGGGAAUCUUCGUCGCCCACCUCAUUGGUACCUGGGUGCAUUGGCAGUGGACAGCAUUAAUAUGCUGUGUGUUCCCUUUAAUCUCAGUAUUUCUAUUAAGCAUGAUACCAGAGAGCCCCACCUGGCUCAUCGCUAAGGGAGAAGUCGAAGACGGCGUGAAAGCCUUCGGCUGGCUGAGAGGAUACAGCGACGAAGCGAAAGCUGAAUUAAAAGGAAUCUUAGAAAAGAAAAAAAUUGAGGACGCAAAACCAAUAAUGACAUUGAAGCAGAAGCUGAUCAGCUUGAAGAGCCCCGAACUGAUAAAACCGUUGUUCAUCAUGAUAAUAUUCUUCGUGACCUGCCAAUUCUCUGGCGUCAACGCGGUCGCGUUUUAUUCCAUAGAGAUAAUUGAAAAGGCCGUGGGCAAGGGAAUAGACCAUUAUCUGGCUAUGCUCGUUAUUGAUUCUAUGAGGACCGUGAUGUCGGUUGUAGCUUGUGUUAUUUGUAAGAAAUAUGGACGUAGGCCUUUGUGUAUGAUUAGUGGGAUUUUCACCGCGUUGUCCAUGGUGGGAUUGUCGAUGUUCCUGUACUUUACGGACGGAAAACAGACGAAUAUGACUUGGUUCCCGUUGACCUGCUUGAUGGCUUACAUCUGCGCGAUAUCCAUCGGGCUUGUCCCCUUACCGUGGAUGAUGUGUGGUGAACUCUUCCCCACGAAAGUAAGAGGCUUGGGCUCAGGAAUAAGUUCAGCUACGACGUUCGUGUCAUUCUUCAUAGUAGUCAAAACAGCUCCCGGUAUGAUGACCAAUUUAGGUGAAGUACUUACAUUCCUCUUAUACGGAGUAAUAGCUCUUGUAGGCACUGGUAUUUUAUUCUUUAUCUUACCAGAAACUAAGGGUAAAAGCUUACAGGAGAUCGAAGAUAAGUUUAAAAAGCCAAAAGAAAGCAUAGCGUAG